UUGCGCAAUAUCUGUGGAAAAAACAAAACGGAAAGAAAACCCACCGAAACGGAACCAUUAGAUCUAAACGUUCUCCGCUGGAUGCAUGGAUUCUUUCUACCUCUCGCUGUUUCUCUCUUCGCCUGAAACCCUGAUACUACCUACGAUUCUUUAUUCAUUAACAGAGAUAACUUAUAAGUAAAAAGGGAGAAUUUGACACGCAGAAGGGGAGAGAUUUAGAGGGAGAUACGUAUAUCUCUUCUCUCUUGACCACAAAGAGGAACCCUACUUCCGGUUCGUACAAGACACUGUUCGCUCCUGCAAGGGGUUCUCCCUCCGGGUACUUCUGAGAGGAUGAAGGGUCUCUUCAAGUCCAAGCCUCGAACGCCGGUGGAGCUCGUCCGCCAGACGCGCGAGCUUCUAAUCUUUGCUGACCUUCAUUAUAAUAUCCACGAAACCAACAAGCGAGACGAGGAGAAGAUGUUGGAAUUAACUAAACUCAUGCGGGAGCUGAAGUCAAUUCUUUAUGGCAAUAGUGAAUCAGAACCAGUUGCUGAAGCUUGUGCACAAUUGACUCAGGAGUUCUUUAGAGACAACACAUUGCGCCUUAUAAUUACUUGUCUUUCAAAAUUGAACUUGGAAGCUCGUAAAGAUGCCACUCAAGUGGUUGCAAAUUUGCAAAGGCAACAAGUUCAGUCACGGUUAAUUGCCUCUGAUUACUUGGAAGCAAACAAAGAUCUUUUGGAUCUUUUAAUAUCAGGGUAUGAAAACUCAGACAUUGCUUUACUCUAUGGUGCAAUGUUGAGAGAGUGCAUACGCCAUCAGAGCAUUGCAAGAUAUGUCUUGGAGUCAGAGAACAUGAAGAAGUUCUUUGAUUAUAUACAGCUCCCAAAUUUUGACAUUGCAUCAGAUGCUUCAGCAACUUUCAAGGAACUCUUGACGAGGCACAAAUCUACUGUAGCUGAAUUUCUUACUAAAAAUUAUGAAUGGUUCUUUGCAGAAUAUAAUUCCAAGCUUCUGGAAUCUUCAAAUUACAUUACCCGAAGGCAAGCUGUCAAGCUGCUUGGAGACAUUUUACUUGAUCGUGCAAAUUCUGCCAUUAUGAUGCGGUAUGUGAGAUCAAAGGACAAUUUGAUGAUCCUAAUGAAUCUUCUGAGGGAAUCAAGCAAGAACAUUCAGUUAGAGGCAUUUCAUGUUUUCAAGCUUUUUGCUGCAAAUCAAAAUAAGCCUCCUGAAAUCGUUAGCAUACUUUUAGCAAAUAGAAACAAACUUCUCCGGUUCUUUGGUGACUUCAAGAUAGAUAAAGAGGAUGAACAAUUCGAAGCUGACAAAGCUCAAGUGGUAAGAGAAAUUGCUGCUCUGGAACCCACUGCCCUGGAACCCAGAGAUCACCCUUAAUUACUGCUUAUCAAUGUUUAAUAUAACGCCAUUUUGAUUUCAUUGUAAAUUUAGGAUUGACUGUGAGUUAAAUCAUAAUCAGUGGUUUGUCCUCAAGUUAGAUUAGAUGUAUCUUUAACUUAUUCAAAGGUUUUUCUUUAUUUUA